UCGGUGCCCUGGGCUGGGGGCGUGGAGCAGGCACUUAGAGCCCAGCAGGGUUGGAGGCUGAUUAGGGGAAGUCGCUUCCGGCUGGACGGGCCGUGCCCCCACCUCCACUCCUCACCUCUGCCCGGCCGGCAGCUGUGGACAGCGCUGGAGUGCAAGACAGGGGCGGUGGCUGGGCCCAGAAGACUCGGUCGUCACCAAAGCGCAAGGCGGCCCUGCGCUAGUGCGGGUGUCCCCGCAGAGUCCAGCCACCAGGGGGGCGCUCCAAGGCCCCCUAGAACGUGGACGCGUCUCGGGGUACUCGCCCCAGAGACCCGGAGCGGAGUGUCCGUGGUGGGGGCGGGGUGGUGCGCUUGGCGCUAGAUUGAGCAGUGCGGAGGCCUGAGGCCGCCAUGUCUGAGUCCGGCCACAGUCAGCCCGGGCUCUACGGCAUAGAGCGCCGGCGCCGGUGGAAGGAGCCGGGCCCCGGCGGCCCCCAGAGCCUCUCUGGGCCUGGAGGCCGGGAGCGGGAGUACGUCGCCCCGUGGGAGCGCGAGAGGCGGGACGGCAGCGAGGAGCCGAGCGGCUCGGUCAUGCAGAAGACGCCCAUCAUCCUGUCCAAACCGCCCGCGGAGCGGUCCAAGCAGCCGCCGCCCCCGGCCGCUCCCGCCGCGCCGCCUGCACCCGCGCCUCUGGAGAAGCCCAUCGUCCUCAUGAAGCCGCGCGAGGAGGGGAAGGGGCCGGCGGCCGGGGCCGGGGCCUCCACCCCUGAGGGGGCCGCGCCGCCACCCCCGGCGGCCCCCGCGCCUCCCAAGGGGGAGAAGGAGGGCCAGAGGCCCACACAGCCCGUGUACCAGAUCCAGAACCGGGGCAUGGGCCCCGCCGCCCCGGCAGCCAUGGACCCCGUGGUGGGCCAGGCCAAGCUGCUGCCCCCGGAGCGCAUGAAGCACAGCAUCAAGCUGGUGGAUGACCAGAUGAACUGGUGCGACAGCGCCAUCGAGUACCUGUUGGAUCAGACCGACGUGUUGGUGGUUGGUGUCUUGGGCCUCCAGGGCACAGGCAAGUCCAUGGUCAUGUCGUUGCUGUCGGCCAACACUCCAGAGGAGGACCAGAGGGCGUACGUGUUCCGGGCCCAGAGCGCCGAGAUGAAGGAGCGCGGGGGCAACCAGACGAGCGGCAUCGACUUCUUCAUCACCCAGGAGCGGAUUGUGUUCCUGGACACACAGCCCAUCCUCAGCCCCUCCAUCUUGGACCACCUCAUCAAUAACGACCGCAAGCUGCCUCCGGAGUACAACCUUCCGCACACCUACGUGGAGAUGCAGUCCCUGCAGAUUGCCGCCUUCCUCUUCACGGUCUGCCACGUGGUGAUCGUGGUCCAGGACUGGUUCACAGACCUGAGUCUGUACAGGUUCCUGCAGACCGCGGAGAUGGUGAAGCCCUCCACGCCGUCCCCCAGCCACGAGUCCAGCAGCUCAUCGGGCUCCGAGGAGGGCACCGAGUACUACCCCCACCUGGUCUUCCUGCAGAACAAGGCCCGCCGGGAGGACUUCUGUCCCCGCAGGCUGCGGCAGAUGCACCUGGUGAUCGACCAGCUCAUGGCCCACUCGCACCUGCGCUACAAGGGGACCCUGUCCAUGCUGCAGUGCAACGUCUUCCCGGGGCUGCCGCCUGACUUCCUGGACUCGGAGGUCAACUUGUUCCUGGUGCCCUUCAUGGACAGCGAAGCGGAGAGCGAGACCCCGCCCAGAGCAGGGCCGGGUUCCAGCCCACUCUUCUCCCUGCUGCCCGGGUACCGCGGCCACCCCAGCUUCCAGUCCUUGGUGAGCAAGCUCCGGAGCCAGGUGAUGUCCAUGGCCCGGCCGCAGCUGUCCCACACGAUCCUCACCGAGAAGAACUGGUUCCACUAUGCUGCCCGGAUCUGGGACGGGGUGAAAAAGUCCUCGGCCCUGGCAGAGUACAGCCGCCUGCUGGCCUGAGCCCGGGAGGAGUCCAUGCGAGGAGCCCCCGGGCCCCAGGCACAGCAGGGAGCACGCGCGUCCCCGGCGAGUGGAGAGCGGCAGCAGGCCUGGCGGACGAGACACGAGGUGUCCAGGGCCGGGCCCCCAGCCUCCACUGGGGGCCGUUGAGGGGUGACUCUGAGAGGCCCCACCCCGCCCUGGGAUGGGGCGCCCAUCCUAAGUCCCCUGUGGAGACAGGCAGUGGGAGGAGUCUGGUAGGUCGCAGUGGGGGCCCAGGCUCCGUGCGCAGCUCCCUGUGCAGGGACAGGAGCAGCAGGCCCCUCUGGCCUGCCUCGGCCCUCCUGGGAGGCAAGGCAGGCCCACAGAGCUAUCACUGGGUUCGAGCUGGUGGCUCCAAUAAACACAGUCGUGGGAGCCUG